AUGCUCGGCCAUCAGUUCGCCUAUUCUGCGGCUCCGAUUCGCAAAGUGAAGGAGGUUCAGUUUGGUAUCCUCUCGCCGGAGGAGAUUAAAGCUAUCUCUGUCGCCAAAAUUGAACAUCCAGAAGUCAUGGAUGAGACAACUCACAAGCCUAAGAUGGGCGGACUGAUGGACCCUCGUAUGGGCACCAUCGACCGGAACUUCAAGUGCCAGACGUGUGGAGAGGGAAUGUCGGAAUGUCCUGGCCACUUCGGUCACAUUGAGUUGGCACGACCUGUCUUUCACCCUGGAUUCAUCAUCAAAGUGAAGAAGAUUUUGGAGAGUAUAUGUGUAAACUGCGGAAGAUUGAAAGCCGACAUCUCGGAUCCCAACUUUGCGGAGAAGAUUCGUCACAUCCGUGACCCUAAAACUCGCAUGGCAGUCGUUUGGUCUCAUUGCAAGACGAAGAUGCUCUGCGAGCCUGAUGACCCCAAGGAAGAAGGCGUCGAACCAGACCCCGAGGAGCCGAAACGCGGCCAUGGAGGAUGUGGUCACAACCAACCCCAAAUCCGUAAGGAAGGUUUGAAGUUGUUCGUGCAGUACAAGAAGGCAAAGGAUGACGACGACGAGGUGAAGUCUUUGCAGCCCGACAAGAGGAUCAUCACACCCUCGGAGGUGUACACCGUUUUCAAGAAGAUGUCGGAUCAUGACCUGCACCUUCUUGGUCUCUCUGAAGAGUAUGCGAGGCCAGAGUGGAUGAUCCUGACGGUUAUGCCGGUUCCUCCGCCUCCUGUUCGCCCGAGUAUUGCAGUCGACGGUGGUGCCAUGCGAAGCGAGGAUGACUUGACCUACAAGCUGGGUGAUAUCAUCAAGGCAUCUGCGAACGUACGGAGGUGUGAACAGGAAGGAGCGCCAGCCCACGUCAUCAGCGAGUUCGAGCAGCUCCUCCAGUUCCACGUUGCGACGUACAUGGACAACGAUAUCGCUGGCAUUCCGCAGGCACUGCAGAAGUCCGGGCGACCUGUGAAAGCCAUUCGUGCACGGCUUAAGGGAAAGGAAGGACGUCUUCGUGGUAAUCUGAUGGGCAAACGUGUCGACUUCUCGGCGCGCACGGUCAUCACUGGUGACCCGAAUUUAGAGCUGGACGAGGUCGGCGUGCCGAAGAGCAUAGCAAUGAAUCUAACAUUUCCGGAGCGGGUUACACCGUACAAUAUUGCCUACCUUCAGGAGCUUGUAAGGAACGGCCCGACGACAUACCCAGGGGCGAGAUACGUCGUUCGAGAUACCGGCGAACGCAUAGAUCUUCGUUAUAACAAACGUGCUGAUGCGUUCCUGCAAUAUGGAUGGAUCGUUGAGCGGCACUUGAAGGACGGAGAUUUUGUUUUGUUCAAUCGGCAGCCCUCUCUCCAUAAAAUGAGUAUGAUGAGUCAUCGUGUCAAGCUCAUGCCCUACUCCACUUUCCGCCUGAACCUCUCAGUAACACCGCCCUACAACGCUGAUUUCGAUGGUGAUGAAAUGAACAUGCACAUCCCUCAAAGCGAGGAGACUCGCGCUGAACUCAGCCAGAUUGCCUGGGUACCCAGACAGAUCAUUUCACCUCAAGCGAACAAACCUGUCAUGGGUAUCGUGCAGGAUACCCUGUGCGGCAUUCGCAAGUUUACCCUUCGUGAUACCUUCUUGGACUGGAACCAGGUCCAGAAUAUCCUCCUCUGGGUGCCCGAGUGGGAUGGCUCAGUCCCUAUCCCUGCCAUCAUCAAGCCGAAACCGCUGUGGACGGGAAAACAAAUUCUCAGUCUUACUAUUCCCCGCGGUAUCAACAUCUAUCGUUCGCCUGAUCCGAAAUCCUCGAAUCCGGUUUUCGAUGACGGUGUCAUGAUCGAGAAUGGCGAGCUGAUUUUCGGCAUCGUUGAGAAGAAGACUGUUGGAGCGUCGCAGGGUGGUCUUGUGCACGUUGUUUUCCGAGAGAAGGGCCCCGAAGCUACUCGACAGCUCUUCACGGGUUUGCAGAUGGUCGUCAACUACUGGCUCUUCCACAACGGGUUCAGCAUUGGCAUCGGUGAUACAAUCGCGGAUGACGCCACGAUGGAGUACAUCACGAAGACGAUCCAGGAGAAGAAGGACAUGGUCAACGACAUCGUCAGGGUGGCUCGUCUCGGCGAGCUGCCUGCUGAUCCUGGUAUGACCAUUCGUGAGACGUUCGAAAGCAAGGUCGAGCGUCAACUCAACUUGGCCCGCGAUACCUCUGGUCAAUACGCACAGAAGCACUUGAAGGAGGACAACAAUGUCAAGCAGAUGGUGGUCGCCGGUUCAAAAGGUUCUUUCAUCAACAUCUCCCAAAUGUCCGUCUGUGUAGGUCAACAGUCCGUCGAAGGUCGUCGUAUUCCUUUCGGUUUCCGACAUCGUACGCUGCCCCAUUUCGCAAAGGACGAUUUUAGCCCAGAUUCGCGCGGUUUCGUUGAGAAUUCCUACCUCCGUGGUUUGACCCCGCAAGAAUUCUUCUUCCACGCCAUGGCUGGCCGUGAAGGUCUCAUCGAUACCGCCGUCAAGACGGCCGAAACAGGUUACAUCCAACGGCGACUCGUCAAGGCGCUUGAAGACGUGAUGGUUUGCUACGAUGGCACAGUUCGGAACUCGCUAGGUGAUCUUAUCGAGUUCAUCUACGGCGAGGAUGGAAUGGACGGCGCUUUUAUCGAGAAGCAGACCAUCGAGACCUUCGGUUUGAGCGACAAGGAAUUCGAGCACACGUACCGCGUGGAUGUGACAGACGCCACGAACGGAUUCAUUCCUGGCUGUCUACAAGUCGGUAUUGACGACAGCUCACUCGAGCUCCAAGUCAAGCUUGACGAAGAAUAUGCUCGACUAGUGGACGACCGCAGACUUCUGCGCGAGUACGUCUUCCCGCGUGUAGCCGCCACCCAUCCUCAAUACCUUCCUGUCAACCUCCGUCGUAUCCUUCAAAACGCCGUCCAAAUUUUCCAUAUCGACCGCCGAAAGCCCACCGACCUCGAACCCGCCUACGUCGUGGACGCCGUUCAUGAGCUGGGCAAGCGCCUCGUUGUUGUUCGCGGAGACGAUCAUCUCAGCAAAGAAGCUCAGGAGAAUGCCACCCUUAACUUCCGUAUGCAUCUACGAGCCACCUUCGCGACUCGUCCUGUGAUCGAGAAGUAUCACUUGACCCGAGAGGCAUUCGACUGGAUCAUUGGCGAAGUGGAGACCAAGUUCAACCAGUCGUUAGUGCAUCCUGGAGAGAUGUGCGGAACACUUGCUGCCCAGUCCAUUGGAGAGCCCGCCACGCAAAUGACGCUCAAUACCUUCCAUUAUGCCGGUGUCUCAAGCAAGAAUGUCACACUAGGUGUUCCUCGUCUAAAGGAAAUCAUCAAUGUUGCCACGAACAUCAAGACCCCCUCUUUGAGCGUAUAUCUCGACCCGGAAAUCUCGCAGGAUGCGAACUUGGCGAAGAAUGUUCAACAAGAGCUCGCCUACACCUCUCUUCGCACCGUCACAGCUGCCGUUGAGAUCUGGUAUGAUCCAGAUCCCAGCUCAACGAUCAUUGAGGAAGACUCCGUCUUCGUUGAAUCCUUCUUCGCCAUUCCUGACGAGGAAAUUGAGUCGAAGCUUCACCUACAAUCGCCCUGGCUUCUUCGCCUUGAGCUCGAUCGAGCUAAGAUGAUUGAUCGCAAGCUGACCAUGCACUACGUCGCCGGAAGAAUUGCGGAGAGCUUCAAGACGGAUCUCUUCGUCAUCUGGAGUGAAGACAACUCCGAGAAGCUGGUUAUUCGUUGCCGUGUGCUGGGAAGUGCCGAUAAGGACGAUGAUGGCAUGGGGGUCAUCGAGGAGGACAUCUUCCUGAGGCAGCUCGAGAACACGAUGCUCAACUCUGUCAGCCUUCGUGGUGUGAAGGGCAUCAAGCGUGUAUUCUUGACGAAACAGGACGCCAUCCGAGUUAAUUCGGAGGGUCGGAUUGUCCCAGGCGAGGAGAAAGAGUGGUUCUUGGAGACAGAAGGUGUCAACCUCAAGACGGUCAUGUGCAUCGAUGGUGUUGACUUCAGGAGGACAACGUCCAACAGCUGCGUUGAAAUCUUCAAUGUGCUGGGUAUCGAGGCUGCCAGGGCCUCAAUCAUGAAGGAACUGCGUAGCGUCAUCGAGUUCGAUGGUUCAUACGUCAACUACCGACACCUUGCCCUCCUUUGUAAUUUGAUGACCCACCGCGGAACACUUAUGGCUAUCACUCGGCACGGUAUCAACCGUGCAGACACUGGUGCGCUAAUGAGGUGUUCAUUCGAGGAAACAGUCGAAAUCUUGAUGGAGGCGGCGGCGGUUGGGGAGAAGGAUGACUGUCACGGAAUUGCGGAGAACGUCAUGUUCGGGCAGAUGGCGCCCAUGGGUACCGGCUCCUUCGAGGUGGCCCUUGACAUCGACAUGCUGAAGGAUGCGAUUGUCGAUCAUCGACUGCCAGUCCAGUCGAUGCUUGCUGCUCAAAUCGACGGCGGCAUGACUCCUGGACAGGUGGCAAUGACGCCAUACGACACCAAUUCGCCUAUGUGGCAAGACGGGUUGUUCAAGGGCGAUCCGACGUCGGCAUCCUUCUCCCCGCUCGCAUCGAAUGGCGGCGAAGACGCGUCCAACUUCCAAUUCCUUGGUUAUGGACAAAGCCCACUCGGUGCUGGUGGCAUGUCGCCAGCUGGUUACAGCCCCAGCUCGCCGAACGCUUAUACGCCGACGUCUCCUAGUUUCGUCCCUCAGUCGCCAUUUGGAGGCGCCACAUCACCCUUUGGUACUUCUCCUUAUGCCACGUCCCCGUUCUUCGACCGGUCGAGAGGACCGACCUCACCAACAUACUCUCCUACAUCCCCUGCUCUCAACCUCACAUCUCCUGGAUAUUCUCCAACAAGCCCAAGAUACUCUCCUACAUCCCCUUCAUUCUCGCCGACAUCGCCUCGGUACAGUCCUCAAUCACCAUCCUUCAGUCCGACCUCGCCACGGUAUUCUCCGACGAGCCCUUCCUUCAGCCCCGCAUCUCCCCGUUAUUCACCGAGUAAGUCCUACCUUAUUGUUCCGUUAUUGCAUCGAUCACUGACCCUACCUUUCUUUGUAUUUCCGUGCAGCAUCGCCCGCCCAUAUGUCGCCUUCGUCGCCGAAGUACUCUCCUACAUCUCCUAUGGCGUCACCCUCCUCUCCAAAAUAUUCCCCCACCUCACCUGCAUAUUCACCAGCAUCACCAGCAUACUCACCUGCAUCGCCGGCGUACAGCCCCACCUCCCCUUCGUGGUCUCCUUCCAGUCCUGCCCAUAA